AUGGCAGGCGUGGAUCGGCAAAUGACGAUAAACGAGCUCCAGGCCAACUGGAUCUGGACGCCCGACUGGGUUGAUAGCUCGAAACUCUAUACAGCCGGACGUAUCGUUAGGUUCACACGCAGCUUCAGUCUGGCUUGCGAGGCGACGCGGGCGCUGCUGCAUUUCUCCGCCGAUACACGGUAUAAGCUCUACGUUAAUGGGAGACGAGUGGCUGUCGGUCCGGCCAGAAGCAGCCCGUUGAUCUGGUACUAUGAUACCCUCGACAUCGCGCCAUACCUGCGAUGCGGAGCCAACGAGAUCGAGUUCGUGGUGGUUCGAUACUUUGCCUCCUCGCGGGGCGCAAUGCCCUUUGAGAGGACCUCGACUCCUGGCCUGACGGUCGUGGGUUGUGUGCAGGCUGGCGGAGCAGCGGUUGUGGAACUAAACUCAUCCCAGGGUUGGCAGGCGCAAGUGAAUGAAAGCAUUCAAUUCCCAACGGGUCUCGUCGACGAUGUGUUUCUUCAUAUCAGUGAACGGGUCGCUCCGACACCUUCCGCUCCCCCAGUCACGCCGAUCGCGUACGGCAUCAGGUCGGUCAACGGCGAGCUCCCACCCUGGCGCCUGCGGCCACGCGCCAUCCCAAUGCCCGGGGAGAGUCAGAUCACCGUUAGCAACGUCCGGGCCUGCCAUAGCGAUGUUUCUGUCGAGCAGUGGGCGGCUUGCUUGUCGUCGACGAACCAAACGGUGACCCUGGUCGGCGGUUCGUCGCACACACUGGAACUCCAAGCGCCAGUGCAUUCAACUGCGUUCCUCCGCUGGAGCUUCCAAUCGGCCCGGAAGUCCCAGAUUAAGCUUCGGGUGACAUACUCGGAGGGAUAUGAGCUGGAACCUCGCUCGUACCCUUUCUUCCGAACCAAAGCGGACCGACUGGACGCCAAGCAGGGCCAUAUCAUCGGCCCGUAUGACGAGGUGACGCUGGAUCUCCCGGGGAAAAUUGGGGAGCCCACUGUGUACGAGCCGUUCUGGUUCCGCACAUUCCGAGUCAUGCGUCUUGAAAUCACGGUGGUUGGAUCUGAGUCUGUCGAGCUGAUCGGCCUGGAGGCCACACAGGUGAACUACCCGUUGGCCGUCAAGGCGCGCUGGAAGGAAGCCGGCGAUGCACACAGCGAGCAGAUCUGGGACGUCUCGAUCCGCACGAUGCGCAACUGCAUGUUCGACGGGUACUCGGACUGUCCGUUCUACGAGCAACUACAGUACUCUGGCGACAGCCGGUCGGUGGGCCUGUUCCACUACCUGCUGUCCGGCGACGACCGGCUGAUGCGCCAGGCGAUCACCAAUUUUGCCGCCUCGGUGACUGUCGAAGGGCUCACGCAGUCACGGUUCCCCUCUCAUGUGCCGCAGGUGAUCGCGGGCUUUUCGCUGUAUUGGGUCCUGCAGGUGUGCGACCACCACCUCUUCUUCGGCGAUACGCCCUACGCCCGUUCCUUUCUCCCCCGGAUCGACGGGGUGUUUGACUUCUUCGAUGCGCAUGUGGAUCAUCUGGGUCUUGUCAGUGGCUUGCCAGAGGACGUCUGGCAGUACGUCGACUGGGUGACAACGUGGGGAGCGACCGAGGAGCAUCCGGACAAAGGAGUCCCCACCUCCGGGCGACGUUCGAACCGGCACACCUAUUUCAGCCUGCUGUACGCCUAUGUGCUGCAGCGGGCGGCGCGCCUCGUGCGUGAGGUUGGCCGACCAGGUUACGCGGAGGAGUACGAAUCGCGGGCGGCGGCCCUCCAGCACGCGGUGCGCAUGCACUGCUACGACGGACGUUUCUUCACGGACUCGACGGCGGACAUUGCCGACGACUCGGCGCUGUCGCAGCACUGCCAGGUGUUUGCCGUGCUGAGCGGCACCGUGGCAGAAGCCCGAGACCGCGCACGGCUGCUCCGCGAGGCGUUUGCCGACGAGCGCUUCUCGCGCUGCUCGUACGUGAUGCGGUUCUACGCGCUGCGGGCCUUUGCACUGGCCGGCGACGAGGCGUAUGAGGGCUUCUGGGAGCAGGCGUGGGCACCCUGGCGCCAGAUGCUGGCGCACAACCUGUCGACGUGGGAGGAGGAUGACGUGCGCCAGCGGUCCGACUGCCACGCAUGGGGCAGCGUACCUGUUUACGAGUACUGCACGGAACUGGCGGGCGUGCAGCCCAUCGCGCCGGGGUCGAGCCGUCUGCUCUUCAAGCCGCGCUUACGGCUCAGCGCGCAGAUCGAGGCAAUUGUCGCUCUGGGUGCGGACAAUACGGCGACGGUCUCCUGGCACACGACGGCCACCGGCGAAAAGCAGGUGCAGCUGCGUUUGGCCAAGGCGAUUGCAGUGAUGAGCCAGAUGCCGGGCAAGGAGCCGGUAGACCACGGCGUGGUUGAUUCCAUUCAACUAAUAGCCAAAUAG